CUAAGAGGUGACACGACCUUAACUCCCUUUAAGUGUAAUUAUUUUCGGGACGCGUUUUUAGUUUUUCGUAAUCGUCAUUUUUGUAAUUUAAUAGUGUUUUAGUGUUAUCAUGUUAAACAGUUUACUUCGUAAUACAUUUGAAUUACUAUUUCCAUCAUUUUGCACAUAUUUUGAUACACACGUGGAAGAAUUGUGCGAGAAAAAAAUGAAUAACAUUAAUCGUCAAGACUUUUGAUAGGAGAUGCUCAAGAUAAUCUCCAAUAAUUUUCUUAAUCGAUAAGAGUCUUCAUAAAACUGUUUUUUGCAUAUGUAUCAAAAAUGAUGAGACGCAAAAGAGUAGUUCUGUCUAUGAAAGACAAAUACAAUAUCAUUAGGCGUUUAGAUGAAGGAGAACCUUUAAUCAAACUAGCCAUAGAAUACGGAGUUGGAAAAUCUACCAUAAGUGAUAUACGAAAACAAAAAUCCGAUAUUAUUGAAUUUAUAUCCAAAAUAGACUCUGCCGAUGGAGUUAAGGAACGUAAAACCAUGAGACUGGCAGAAAAUGAAGAUGCCGAUGAAGCCAUUUAUAGAUGGCUAAUAGAAAAGAGAUCCCAAGGUGAACAGAUCAAUGGACCAACUCUAUGCAAAAAGGCUAUGGAGCUCAACCAACAAUAUGGAGGACCACCUGAUUUUCAGGCCAGUGCAGGAUGGCUAAAAAGAUUUAAAUCCAGGCAUGGUAUUCGUGAUCUGCAAAACGAAGGAGAAAAGUUCUUAACUGAUCAUGAGUCAGAUGAUGGUGACUCAACAUUGCUUAUCACAGAAGAUAAAGUUAUUGUAGAGUUGGUAACUGUUAAAGAAGAAAACGAAAAUAAAGAAGUUAAAAAAGAAAUUAUUCCUUCAGCUGAGCAAGCAUAUGAAAGUUUGGACAUUGCAUUACGCUGGUUUGAAGAUCAAGCAGAGAGUGAUCAGUUUCAAAUUUCUGUUCUUAAAAAUAUUCUCGAUCUUGCUGCUAGCAAGAAAAACAAUGAAAGUUUAAACAUUUUUUAAGAAAAGUUAGUAUUUUGAAGAUAUAAAUCAAUUAAAAUAACACUAAGUGCUAGUUACUGAUGACUAAAAACAAUG